AUGGCGUCUCUAACAAAAUGGCGCCUGCUAAUAUUGAGCUAUUCGUUUUUGUUUAUAGAUACGGCAUUGUCUUCCCAGGAGAUCAUGGAAAAGCUCACUGUGGGCUUUACAAAAGCGUUAGAAGAAUGUAAGAAAGAGUUAAAUCUUGGUGGGCACAUAAUGCAAGACUUCGUGAACUACUGGCGGGAGGAGUAUGAGCUGCUGAAUCGUGACCUGGGCUGCGCCAUCAUGUGCAUGGCAUCUAAGCAUGACCUCAUCACUGACGAUUUGAAAUUUCACCAUGGAAAAGCGCAUGAGUUCGCUAAAACUCACGGAGCAGAUGACGACUUAGCCAAACAGUUAGUGACGAUGAUCCACGACUGCGAAAAUAAUCAACCAGAGAGCAGUGACGAUUGCAUGAGAGCCCUGGAAAUCAGCAAGUGUUUCCGGAAGAAGAUCCACGACAUGAAGUGGGCACCUUCGAUGGAAACAGUACUAGAGGAGAUAAUGGCUGAUAUAUAG